UAUGAGACAAUCUUCAACAUUUUUAUUUUGUCUUUGUGAAGCUUAAGGUUCCCGAAACGGUUACACAGUAAAUAAAUAAUUAAUAUCGUAACACAAAUAAUCUUAGCAUCCUACGAUUCCUUUCUGUCUCACACUAUAUUUUAUAAUUAUCUCAUUUUUCUUUACCAUCGUUAUUCUCUUCUUCUAUUCAACUUCUACAAACAGAACAAGGGAACAUCAUACACAGUAAUCAAAUGAAUUAUUCAACAAAGUUUAAUCCUUUCUGAAUUUUUAUUGGACCCAAUGAAAUUUGUGAUUCAUCUAAAUUUGAAUUCAAUUCAAGUGGUUUAUGCUGGGAAUUAGUUGGAAUCGUCAAUGGAUAAAUUAUGUUGUUUUAAGUCUUCAUACUCUCAGAGAAAUUGUUUAUCACAUAGUUCUGAUUUGGGGCAUGGUGGAUCAACGGCCGUAACUGCGAUAUUGAUUGAUGGAAGAAAGCUAUGGAUAGCUAAUGUUGGAGACUCGCGAGCUGUUCUAUCGAGAAAAGGGCAAGCCGCACAAAUGACUAUAGAUCAUGAACCCAACACGGAACGAGGUAGCAUUGAGACUAGUGGUGGUUUUGUCUCCAACUUUCCUGGUGACGUGCCAAGAGUAAACGGGCAGCUGGCUGUUUCUCGCGCUUUUGGCGACAAGAGUCUCAAGUUGCACUUGCGAUCGGACCCUGAUGUACUAACUACUGAUAUUGACGUUGAUACUGAAAUUCUAAUCCUUGCAAGUGAUGGACUUUGGAAGGUAAUGGCUAAUCAAGAGGCAGUGGACAUUGCUCAAAGAAUGAAAGAUCCACAGAAAGCAGCAAAGCAACUAACAGCUGAAGCAAUAAAAAGAGACAGUAAAGAUGAUAUAUCUUGUGUUGUGGUUAAAUUCAGGUGAUGGUAUCUUUUCACACCACGUGUCAUGUGGAAGUGCAGUUUAUAGCAAAAAUAAUGGUAUAGCUAUAUCAACAUGCCAACAUAUAGUUUGGACCAAACAACAUAUAUUGCAUACUUGUUUGGGUUAAUUCUGACUGCAUAGGUAAUUUGCCAAAAAUGAAAAAGAAAAAAAAGGGAUUUGUCAAGCUUUGAAAUUGCUUUUUUUGAUUAGAUUUUAUUGUUUGAGAAUGUUUGAUUUCAUUCCAUAAAGUGUGGCUACUCCGAAUCUUGUGUAUAUUGUCUUAUUAUUCUGUGUAAAAGGCAAAUAUGCUUCUAGUUAUUGAUUCCAUUUAUAGCAAGUGUUUGGACGGAGAUUGGUCCUAUUAUCCUAGGUUGUAUACAACAUUAUUUGAUUGGCAUGUACUCUCUUUUCUCUGUUCCAUUUUGCCAAAUGGAAGGAGGUGCACAAGUUGGCAUUCUAAA